CGUGGAGUAAUUCGGCUAAAUAAAUCACUAACAAGCCAAGAAGCUAACAGUUAGCCCACCCCUAUCCCUUGCUCUGUACGGUUCACCCUGAGCACCAGAUGCCAGAGCUAGUGUCUCCCAGUGUCCCAAAGGAUGGAGAGAGCGCUCAAGAGAAGCCAGAAGCUGCACCAGUGGCAGCAGUGGAGGAGGCCCCUGCAUCCAGGGCUGUGGUGGGGAUCAUCUACCCCCCUCCUGAAGUUAGGAAUAUCGUUGACAAGACUGCCGACUUUGUAGCCAGAAAUGGGCCAGAGUUCGAGACUCGUAUCAAGAGUAACGAGGCGGGGAACUCAAAGUUCAACUUUCUCAAUUCACACGACCCGUACAAUGCCUACUAUCAGCACAAGAUCAAGGAGAUACAAGAGGGUGUGGCUCAGGAGAUAGCAGCCGCACAGCAACCUGGAUAUGUGCCCCCCACCAAGGUCAGUCAGGCUGUGAUGGAGACGGUAGUGCCCAAGGAACCUCCUCCUGACUUUGAGUUCAUGGUAGAGCCACCGUCCAUCUCUGGACAAGACCUUGACAUUGUGAAGCUGACUGCUCAGUUUGUGGCCAGAAAUGGAACACAAUUCCUCGACAAACUCAUGAUGAAAGAACAGAGGAACUACCAUUUUGACUUCCUCCGCAAGCAACAUCCUCUGUUCUCGUACUUCACUAAGAUGGUGGAGCAAUACACAACCAUCAUUAACCCCAAGAAGGAGACACUGACAAAGUUCAAGAAGGACCUUGAAAACCCUUUCGGAAUGCUGGACCGUGCCAAGCAUCGUGUGGACUGGCAUCGUUACCAGGAGAGACAGAAGAGGCAGCAGGAGGAGAAACAAGAGAAGGAGAGAGUGGAGUAUGCUCAGAUUGACUGGCACGACUUCAUACUGGUAGAGACCAUCAACUUCAAAGAGUCUGAAAUGGGCUACCUUCCCCCGCCCAUCCGCCCCACCCAGUUGGCACAGCGGCUGCUCCAGCAACAGAAGUACCAGCGGCUGUCAGAGGAGACUGGAGAUGUGCAGGAGAUUGAGAUGGAGGUCGAGGAAAAUGAACCCGAGGAAACUAGACCACCAUCUCCGAAACGCCCACCCUCUCCACCUGUACCCAAGGCACGCCCACUCGUAUCACAAAGUGCCACGCCCACCGGCCCCAUUGAGAUCCGCCGAGACUACAACCCUAAGACCCACGGACCCUCUAAGCCGGUGACAGAGAAGGCUCCCACUGAGGGACAGUUCCUCAUCUCUCCCAUCACUGGAGAGAAGAUACCGGCUCACAAGAUGCAGGAGCACAUGAGAUAUAGUUUGCUGGACCCUCGCUGGGUGGAGGGUCAGAAGAAACAAGUGGAGGAGAAGAGGACGCAGAAGGAAGUGUUUGAGGAGGGUAUGCAGAUCGGCUCUAAUCUGAGAAACCUGGCCUCGAGACGUACGGACAUCUUUGGACGAGAGGAGACUAUGAUUGGUCAGAAGAUUGGGGAGGAAGAACACCAAGCCAAGGCCGGCGUCCAAUGGGAUGGUCAUUCCGGAAGUGCUGACAUGGCUAAAAAGAAGGCUAAAGAGAACAUUGCCGAACAAUUGGAGGCUAUAAGGAAAGCAAACGAAGCAAUUGACAGAGCUAAGCAAGGUCCGUCUCAGGGGAUGAGUCAGUCGUCCUCCAUCUUCUCAUCCCGCCCCCGUGCCCCCGCCCCCCUGUUCUCAGCCCCUCCCAGACCCAUGCUCUCACACCCUCACAUGCACUCCAUGGGUGGACCACCCCCUCACCACCAGAUGAUGGGACAUCACAUGCAGCAACCCGGUCCCCCCAUGCCUCACGGUGGUAUGAUGCAACAAGGACCUCCCCCCGGGCUUAUGCAGCAAAUACCAAACUCGGCCCCUCCUAUCCCAGGCAUGCCCCUCCCCCCUAUGCCCCUCGAUAUUGCACCCCCUGUGGCUAAAAGAACGAGAGCUGAAGACGAGCUGAUUGGAGAACACGAGUUCAUCUCCAAUAAUCCAGGUCUAGUGACGUUCCAAGUGUCAGUACCCAACCUGCCGGAGAGAGGAGAAUGGAAACUGACUGGCCAGUUUGUCUCCGUCACUCUACCAAUUGCCGACCCCGUGUCAGUAAUCAAGGCCAAACUCGCUGAUGAGCUAGGAAUGCCGACUGGGAAACAGAAACUGCAAAUUGGAGGUAUGUUCCUGAAGGACUCUAAUUCACUGGGAUUCUACAAUGUGUCUGCACCAACAGUCGUUACACUCGCCCUCAAGGAGAGAGGAGGUCGCAAAAAAUAGAAGCUAACUUGAAAGCCGAGAUUUGGUCUUUGAUACACCGCACUGUGUAGCUCUGCAAUAUUGACCUCCAUAGCUAGCUUAGUAUAAUGCCUAGCUCAGUAUAUUAAAUAUUGUGUUAAUACCGUGUUAAUUAUGAAACAAUGUAUGUGUUAUUAUA